AUGAUCGAAGACAUAAUUAGUUUCGCGUGUUACGUGUCAACCGCGCUCACCUUAUUUAUCUUACUUCUACCUUCGCAAUAUGAACAUGUGUCCAUUAGGCGGGAGCCUCCCCUCGACCCCACAACCUCUGUCCAAAUUCUGGUACUCGGGGAUAUCGGGCGCAGUCCGCGCAUGCAAUAUCAUGCUCUCAGCAUCGCUAAAGGGGGUGGCCGAGUGGAACUAAUCGGGUAUCAAGAGUCGGAAGUUCAUCCCGAUAUUACCUCUGAUCCGAGGAUAUCGAUCGUUGCCUUACCGUCCCAUCCGGCCUUUUUGGAGACAAGCAAUAAGCUCCUAUUUCUAAUUCUGGGCCCGCUGAAGGUCCUUUUUCAGAUAGUUUGUCUAUGGUGGGCGUUGGCUUAUCGUACCAAACCAGUGAAAUGGUUGCUUCUUCAGAACCCUCCCUCCAUACCGUGCCUCGCGAUCGCAUCCGUUACCUGCUUUUUACGAAACACGGGUCUAGUUAUUGAUUGGCACAACUUUGGAUAUUCCAUCCUAGCCCUUAAACUCGGAGACAACCACCCGCUGGUAAAACUUUCGAAGUGGUACGAAAAGACAUUCUGCAAAUACGCCACAGCGCAUUUAUGCGUCACUAGAGCCAUGGCUUCUGUUUUGAAGGGCAAGUUCAAGUUAAAGGCCCCCGUUCUUCCGUUGCACGAUCGGCCAGCAAGCCACCUACAGCCCAUUUUGGACGGAAAACUUCGAGAAGAGUUUCUCCUAUCACUGCCAGAAACAUCCUCUGUCCGACCAUUGAUAAAGUCGGAGGAACUCCGAGUCCUAGUUAGUUCAACUUCCUGGACACCGGAUGAGGACUUCUCGGUACUUAUUGAUGCCUUGUGUCGAUAUUCAGAAAUCGCAACCACCACAAUGCCUCAGUUACCCACAGUCAUGGCUAUCAUAACUGGCAAAGGCCCGCAAAAGGAAAUGUAUAUGAAACGAAUCUCCGAGCUUAAGAAAGCCGGCAGGCUACAAAAGGUCACCAUUCAUACAGCCUGGCUCAGCACGGAGAGUUAUGCUCGCCUCUUGGCGUCCGCGUCAUUGGGUGUUAGUUUGCAUACCAGCAGUAGCGGCGUUGAUUUUCCCAUGAAAGUCGUAGAUAUGUUUGGGGCUGGUUUACCGGUCGUUGGCUGGGAUCGUUAUGAAGCAUGGCCCGAGCUGGUGACCGAAGGUGUUAACGGGCAAGGGUUUGGAAGCUCAGAAGAACUUGCUGAACUGCUUGUUGAUCUCUUUCGUGAGCCAAGUAACCUCGAGAAGCUCCGCGCUGGUGCUCACAAGGAAAGCACACGCCGCUGGGAGGAUGAAUGGAAUCCUGUAGCAGGAAAGCUAUUUGGAUUGACACAGUAG